GCAGUCGCGUGCAAGAUGUGAAAGCGGUCGCAGCAACUGGCGCGGCGCGGCACAACAGUUGUAGUUGCCUUUUUGAACGUAUAUAUACGCGAAAUGUGGUUAGUUUGAAUCCGCCUGCCCAAGUGUUGCAUCCUAGAGUUCGAGUAGUUUACAGUGUUUUUUUUACGUCAAGUUUGUUUGAACGUUUAGUUUUCUGACUCGGACCGUUUAAUUUCGGGUGUCAUGAUGGCGACAUCUACUCUAGUCGUAAAUUUCUUGUCACUGGUGUUCGUUUUAUGUUUAACAACCGCCACGGAAGGACGAAUUCUGCGUAAGUGCUGCCCAAGUGAACAAGUGCUAAACGACCAUGGUGAAUGCGUAACAGACGCUGUGGAAGUGAAAUUUUCCACCGUUUCCCCGGAUUCAGAAGACGACUACAGUGAUAUUGACUCUUCGAGUGUUCAUUUUAAUGAGAGUCAUCGACUGAAAUGUGACUACUGGGAUACUAUGGUACUCAGCUGGAAUGCAACUGAUCGAUAUUCAUUGGUCGAAAACGGAUCUCUGCUUCUGUAUGCACCAUCGGCAGAAGGAGCUACAAAACAUGUCUUAUUCGCACCAGAAGAAUUUUGCACGGAUGUGGCGGCACAUUCACGAAGUCGUGUGAUUAAAGUUUGUCCGUGUAAGAAAAUAAUUUGUUUGAGAAAAUGCUGUCCCGUUGGUCAUGUUUAUAAUUUCAGCUCGGGACCGAGAUGCAUCAAGUCGAACGAUUCGACAUGGGAGCCCCACUUAAUCACGAGUUCGACCGCUAACAGACAACUUGCAUACAGUGUGUUGGAGGACCGCAUGCCGAAGUGCAACGGAUUCCACAACUUCGCGUCGACAGCUUUCGUACCACCGGAUUUACUGAACGGCUUUUGGUGGGAAUAUCCUACCGGGAAGGCGUUCCAGAACCGACAGUUGUGCAAGGAAUUGAUUUACGGAGGAAAAUUCGAAAUGUCCGUCAUUUGUGAGGAGGUGUCGCCGUGGGACCGCGUGCUGAAGCCGCUGUGGCACGUGCCGGCCGCGCUGCUGCUGGCCACGACGCUCGUCACGCUCGUGCUGUGCCCGGAGUUGCGCGUGGGCACGCACGGCCGUGCCCUCUUCUGCCACGCCGCCGCCCUGCUCGUGGUGAACGUGGUGCUCGCGUUCAACGCCAAACACACCUUCUUCGGAGUGCCUCACGGGUCGUACGUGGUGCUCCGCAAGGGCGCUGAUAUCAUCGUACACUACGCUGUGUGGGCGGCUGCUUUGUGGCUGAAUUCGAUUUGUAUAAAUAUUGGACUUGGAUUCAGAACUAACGGAACGACCAGAAGUGCCGAAACGGAAAGACGAAAUUUUAUCUGGUUCUCUCUAUAUUCAUGGGGGCUCCCAGUGAUCAUCACUACAAUUGUAGUCGUCUUGCGGGCAUUGCCUCAUUCCUCUGUACCCUUUUUAUACAAACCUACCAUGAUAGAGACACGAAGUGGCCACUACGAACUAGAGGGUCUUCUAAAACUCACGUCCUUCGCAUACUAUUUCGCUCCCAUGUCAUUCCUGUUGAUUGUGAAUUUUGCAAUGUUCAUUUUCACAUCAACAAAAGUAUUCGAAUUGCGAAGAGCAAGUAGGAUGAUUACGAAGUACCGAACCAAGAGCAUGAAAACUGAAGAGGGAGAGAAGACGCGAGGGAAAAAAGUGUCGAGGACCGAUGCACCAGACAUGGAGAAUCAAAAUGGCAAUUCGGCAACAAACACCAAAAGCAUGCUGCUGUACGCGCGCCUUCUGGGCACGAUGGGCGUGCUGGAGAUGGUGGUGGAGAUCGCCACGUGGGCCACCAACCACUACUUCUGGUACGAGGCCACCAUGGACGGCGUGGACCUGCUGCGCGCCGCAUGCGUAUUCUCGCUGACGUGCUGCAAGCGCCGCGUGCUGCGCAUGCUGCGCGAGCGCCUCAAGGGCUGCGCGCUGCUGCGCCGCCUGCGCCGGCCGUCCGAGGCCAUCGAGAUGGACUCUGCGCACACCUCCUCCACGGCCACGCGGGCGCGCAGGUCCAGCAAGAGCACCACCGCCUCGUCGUCGGAGCACGCCGAAAUGGUGCGCCGGUGAUUUCGCGCGAGGCGCUUCUUCUACUCUGGGAUAGCCAGUUCGAUUGACCUCACGAUUCUAAGUGGGGAGGAAUGUGCAAAAAUCCUGAGUUAUUGAGGACCAUUUUAAUGGAAAUUCAUUAUAACAAAGUUAUUCCCAAUUUACAGGUUCCCUUUGACAAACGAUUGUGCAGUUUUGACGAACACUUGCAUGCGAAGUGUGGCUUCCGUUGUAGGGUUUGGAAACCUAUGCAAGAGUGCGUUCACUAAAACUCUGAAAUAGUUCGUCAAAAUAUAUCGUGCAAAUCGUGUAUAAGAUGUUCUUCAUAGUUUUCUAGAAGAUUUUUCCAACUUAUCUAUGAAUCAGUUGUAGGAGAAGUUGGUUACCUAAAUGUAGCUUACGUACUGUAUUUGUCACGGUGCCAGUUGUGAAGAUAAUCACGACAUAUUUGAAAGUCAUUUAGAAAUUGCGACAAAAUUAUUGGAAAAACACAUUUCCUAGGGUGGAUUAUCGAGUUUUAUGUAAUUGAUUUUGAUUUAUUUAUGUCUAUUAUUUGCGUAUUCUUAAUGGACGUAUUUCUAUGGUAAACUAGCAUUCUGGUGAAAUAUUAAGAGGUAAUAAGAUAUGCUUUCACGUUGUAAAUCGUUGUAGAUUCACAAAGUGAUUGAAAAUUGUUUAGUUUGAAUUCGAUAUAUACAUUUAUAAUAUUUAUAUUUUAGUCUGUGGCAGUAAGCAAUUUUAUAAUUUCCAUGAGAUGUACUUUCGCAUAGAUCCUGAUAUAACAAAAUUUUGUAUUUAUAGUGAACCUUACGAAGGGCAAACUGUAGUCAUAUUCAUCAAAAAUUCAAAAACUUGGACAUUUUAGUUAGCGAGCAGUGCAUUGAGAUUCUAAAGUAAGUUGUUUAAAAUAACAUUUUUUUAAAAUUCAGAAUUGUGUUAUUACUUCUCACACGAGAAAGAAAAUUCACAUUCUGAACAUUUCACUAAGAGUUCCGUAUAUCAUGAAAUGUUUAUAAUGAAUAAUUUUUCAUAUACGCAUUUAUUUCUAAGAAACUUACGAACACACAUUGUUUCUCAUAUCAUAAAUUAAAUACAAAGAAAUUAUUGUGAAAACUAAUGUGUCGUUCAAUGUACCUGAGAUUCACCAAAAAUGCACUAAUCAUCACAAAAUAAUUGUAAUACAAUUUCAAGCAAAUAAAGAUGACUCUUCCGAUAUUUA